GUAGAGAGAGCGAUGAACGUCUGUCUGCUCCAGUCAAUGGUCAAUCCCACAUCGAGGCUGGAGGGGUGCACGCUGCUUUGCGCGCCACGGACUCGCACGCUGACCGGAACUCCUUUUGAAUGAGUCUCGUCCGGUUCCAAGAGGGAUGUGAAGAUCACCGGAGAAGGACGGCAAGUUCUGACGCGCGGUCCCUGGAGGUUCGUCGGAGCGUGGUCUCGCCGGUGCGCCCCCGUGAGGGAUGGGAACGUGCUCGCGCAAGAGAUGGACUCGUUGCAGCUUUGCUAAAGGUCACGGUCCUCUUAAGGUCAUGUCAUGGCCCGUGGCUCUCGGGCUACUGACUCUCAUCUUCGCGAAUCAAAGGACGUCCGCCGGGCAGAUUAUGAACAGCUUCCAGUCGGAGCGCAGGGACUGGCCGCUGAACCACCUCAUCGUGCACCAGUCCACCGGGGCGCUCUACGUGGGCGCCGUAAACAGGAUAUACAAGCUGUCCGCGAACCUCACACUCCUGGUGUCCCAUGACACAGGGCCCGAGUAUGACAACAAAGCGUGCUACCCUCCCCUGAUCGUGCAGCCCUGCUCGGAGCCCCUGGCCUCCACAGACAACGUAAACAAGCUGCUGCUCAUCGAGUACUCCCACAACCGCCUCCUGGCAUGCGGCAGCCUCUACCAGGGCGUCUGCAAGCUCAUGAGGCUGGACGACUUGUUCAUCCUCGGGGAGCCCACUCACAAGAAAGAACAUUACCUGUCCAGCGAUACCCUGACAGGGACCAUGUACGGGGUGGUGGUGCCCUCCCUGGGUCAGGACGCCACGCUGUACAUCGGGACUGCAGUCGGUGGCAAGCAGGACUACUUCCCGACUAUCUCCAGCCGCAAGUUGCCUCGUGACCCGGAAUCUUCUGCCAUGCUGGACUAUGAGCUUCACACAGACUUUGUCUCGUCGCUCAUCAAAAUCCCAUCAGACACCCUGGCUCUUGUCCCGCACUUUGACAUCUACUACAUCUACGGCUUCGCUAGCGGCAACUUUGUCUACUUCAUGACCGUCCAACCAGAGACGCCGGAGAACGGGAUGCCGGCCGGGGGAUCCCCCGGUGAUCUCUUCUACACCUCCCGAAUCAUCCGCCUCUGCAAAGGUGACAAGAAGUUCCACUCCUACGUGUCACUUCCGGUGGGCUGCGUCCACCGAGGCGAGGAGUACCGUCUGCUGCAGGCCGCCUACCUGUCCAAGGGCGGCAGGGUUCUGGCAAAAGAGCUCAACAUCAGCGCGCAGGAUGACGUGCUUUAUGCGGUGUUCUCCAAAGGCCAGAAGCAGUAUCACGACCCUUCCGAUCACUCAGCCCUCUGUGUCUUCACCAUCCAAGACAUCAACAUGCGCAUCAAGGAGAGGCUGCAGUCCUGCUACCAAGGGGAAGGACACUUGGAGCUGCACUGGCUGCUGGGAAAGGAUGUGCAGUGCACCAAGGCGCCUGUCCCCAUUGACGAGCACUUCUGCGGCCUGGACAUCAACCAACCGCUGGGGGGUUCUCAGCUGGUGGCGGGCCGCACCGUAUACACGGAGAGCCGAGAUCGACUAACCUCGGUCAUUUCCUACAGCUACAACGGACACAGCGUGGUCUUCAUGGGCACCAGGAACGGGCGGCUGAAGAAGAUCCGAGUGGACGGCCCGCUGGAUGGGGGAGUGCUGUACGAGACGGUGACCGUGGUCAAGGACAACAGCCCCGUCCUCCGGGACAUGGCUUUCUCCCUGGACAAGAACUCGCUCUACAUCAUGUCCGACAAUCAGGUGGCCCAGGUCCCUGUGGAGGCCUGUGAGCAGCACGGUACAUGUGCCGAGUGUCUGAGCUCCGGGGACCCUCACUGUGGCUGGUGUGUCCUGUACAACAUGUGCUCCAGGAGGGAUCGCUGUCCGAGGGCGGACGAAGCCUACCGUUUCGCAACCGGCAUCGACCGCUGCGUGAAGGUCAUCGCUCACCCCGAUAGCAUUGCUGUGUCAGCACACAGCGUUCCGCUUCUGUUGGAGGUGAACAACGUUCCAGAUCUUUCCGCCGGCAUCACCUGUUCGUUUGGGGACCAGGCCCAGGUGGAGGGCCACGUGAACGGGAACAGGGUCAUGUGUCUGUCCCCGGCCGGAAAGGAGGUCCCUCUGAUACCGGAAGGACAAGACUGGGCCGGCGUGGAGCUGCGACUGAACUCCGAGGAGACGGGUCGAAUGGUCGCCAGCACGGAGGUGAAGUUCUACAACUGCAGCACACAUCAAAUGUGUCUGUCCUGUGUCAACAGCACGUUCCGCUGCCACUGGUGUAAAUAUCGCAACAUGUGCACCCAUGACCCGAGCAGCUGCUCCUUCCAGGAGGGCAGAGUCAACGCCUCAGAGGACUGCCCUCAGCUGCUCCACUCCGGGGAAAUUCUGGUUCCAGCGGGCGAAGUGCGGCCCAUCACCCUGAAGGCUCGAAAUCUCCCGCAGCCUCAGUCGGGCCAGCGGGGCUACGAGUGCGUGGUGAACGUGCAGGGCGUCAUCCACCGCGUCACGGCGCUGCGCUUCAACAGCACCAGCGUGCAGUGCCAGAACAGCUCGUACACGUACGAGGGCGUGAGGAUCAGCGACCUGGCGGUGGAGCUCGCCAUCGUGUGGAACGGCAACUUUAUCAUCGACAAUCCGGAGAGGAUUCAAGUGCACCUGUACAAGUGCAGCGCCCAGCGAGACAGCUGUGGCAUGUGCCUGCGAGCGGAGAAGAGGUUCCAGUGCGGCUGGUGCAGCAGCGAGGGGCGCUGCACCAUGAAGCAGCACUGCCCCCCCAUCUCGCCGUACGCCAGCCGCUGGCUUGACCUCUCCGCCGCCAACGUCAAGUGCACCAACCCGCGCAUCACUGAGGUGAGCCCAGUUGCGGGGCCUCUGGAGGGCGGCACCCUGGUCACCAUCCAAGGCCUGAACCUGGGCCUGGCCUUCUCCGAGCUGGAGGGCAACGUGCAGGUGGCGGGAGUGCCCUGCCUUCCCCAGGAGGAGGGAUACAUCACCGCCCAACAGAUCGUGUGCGAGAUGACGGCCGGCUCCAGAGGAAGUACGCCGGGCCCGGUCAAGCUUUGUGUGGGGGAAUGCAGACCAGAACUUCGCGCACAAUCCUCCCAGCUCUACUCCUUUGUGACUCCUUCCAUGCUGGCGCUGACCCCGGGCAGAGGGCCUGAGUCUGGGGGCACCAAGGUCACCAUUGUCGGGGAUAACCUGGACGCUGGUAGCUCCGUCAAUGUUUACUUUGGGAAUCAAACCUGUGAGCUGUACGGGAGGACCACUUCGGAGAUUGUUUGUUUCUCAGCUCCAUCCUUGACUGGAGCAGGACCGGUGCAAGUCAGUCUGAGGGUGGACCGGGCAAAGGUUCCUGGCAGUCUGUCCUUCGAGUACAUAGAAGACCCCACCGUCCUGCGCAUCGAGCCCCUUUGGAGCAUUACCAGCGGCCACACCACGCUGACGGUGACCGGGACCAACCUGGACGUCGUUCAGGAGCCGCGAAUCCGAGUCAAAUACGGUGGCCACGAGUCUGUCAAUGUGUGCAAAGUCCUCAACACCACCACCAUCAGUUGCUUCGCCCCGUCUCUGCAGUCCGAGGACGACGGCGACCGGGAGAGCGUGAAGCGCGUGGACGAGUUUGGCUUCCUUUUCAACAACGUCCAAGCCCUGCUGACCUACAGCAACAGCAGCCUGGUCUACUACCCCAACCCCUACCUGGAACCCCUCAGCCUCUCAGGCAUCCUGGAGCAGAAACCUGGCGCUCCCAUCAUCCUAAAGGGCCGUAACCUGGUACCGUCGGCGUCGGGCGGGGCCAGGCUGAACUACACGGUGCUGAUCGGCGACACGCCCUGCUCGCUCACGGUGUCCGACACACAGCUACUCUGCGAGCCGCCCAACCUCACCGGCCAGCACAAAGUCCUGGUCCAAGUGGGAGGACUGCACAUCUCUCCGGGUAACGUCCACAUCCGCUCCGACAGCCUCCUCACACUCCCGGCCAUCAUGAGCAUCACGGCCGGGGGAGGGCUGCUUCUGGUGGUGGUGGUCCUCGUCCUGCUGGCCUACCGGCGGAAGUCGCACGAGAACGACCUUACGCUGAAGCGCCUGCAGCUGCAGAUGGACAACCUGGAGUCGCGCGUGGCUUUGGAGUGCAAAGAGGCUUUUGCAGAGCUGCAGACGGACAUCAACGAGUUAACAAGCGACCUGGACCGCGCCGGAAUCCCCUACCUGGACUACCGCACUUACGCCAUGAGGGUUCUGUUUCCCGGCAUCGACGAUCACCCUGUGCUCAGAGAGCUGGAGGUGCCGGGCUGCGGACAAGCGAGUGUGGAGAAAGCCUUGAAACAGUUUGCACAGCUGCUGAACAACAAGGUGUUCCUGCUGACCUUCAUCCGCACGCUGGAGUCGCAGCGCUCCUUCUCCAUGCGGGACCGCGGCUACGUGGCCUCGCUCAUCAUGACGGCUCUGCAGGGGAGGCUGGAGUACGCCACGGACAUCCUCAAGCACCUGCUCUCAGACCUGAUUGAACGCAACCUGGAGAGCAAGAACCACCCCAAACUACUCCUACGAAGAACAGAGUCGGUGGCGGAGAAGAUGCUGACUAAUUGGUUUGCCUUCCUGCUCCACAAAUUUCUCAAGGAGAGCGCUGGCGAGCCCCUCUUCAUGCUGUUCUGUGCCAUCAAACAGCAAAUGGAGAAGGGACCCAUAGACGCCAUCACCGGCGAGGCGCGCUAUUCCCUCAGUGAGGACAAACUCAUCCGGCAGCAGACGGACUACAAGACACUGACUCUGAGCUGCGUGAACCCCGACAACGAGAACAGCCCCGAGAUCGCCGUCAAGGUGCUCAACUGCGACACCAUCACCCAGGUGAAGGAGAAGAUCCUGGACGCGGUCUACAAGAACAUGCCCUGCUCUCAGCGGCCCCGGGCUGCGGACAUGGACCUGGAGUGGCGGCAGGGCAGGACGGCUCGCGUGGUCCUUCAGGACGAAGACAUCACCACCAAGAUCGAGGGCGACUGGAAGAGGCUCAACACGCUGCUGCACUACCAGGUGACCGAUCGCUGUGUGGUGGCUUUGGUGCCCAAACAAAUGUCGUCCUUCAACAUUCCGUCCUCAGCCAGCUUCCCAAGAAGCAUCAGCAGAUACGGUGUGGACGUGCCCUUCCGCUCAACGCCCACCAGUCCCGACAGCCCCCACUCCCGUGUGCCCAUGCUGACCCCCGACCUGGAGAGCGGGGUCAAAGUUUGGCACUUGGUGAAGAACCACGAGCACGGCGACCAGAAGGAGGGCGAGCGAGGCAGCAAGAUGGUGUCAGAGAUUUACUUGACUCGGCUUCUGGCCACCAAGGGCACGCUGCAGAAAUUUGUGGACGACUUGUUUGAGACCCUGUUCAGCACCGUGUGCCGAGGCACCUCCCUGCCGCUAGCCAUCAAGUACAUGUUCGAUUUCCUGGACGAACAGGCCGACCGACACGACAUCCACGACACCGAUGUCCGCCAUACUUGGAAGAGCAACUGCCUUCCUCUACGCUUCUGGGUGAACGUGAUCAAGAACCCGCAGUUUGUGUUCGACAUCCACAAGAGCAGCAUCACGGACGCUUGCCUGUCCGUGGUGGCCCAGACCUUCAUGGACUCCUGCUCCACCUCAGAGCACCGCCUGGGCAAGGACUCGCCCUCCACCAAGCUCCUCUACGCCAAGGACAUCCCGCAUUACAAAAGCUGGGUAGAAAGGUACUACGCCGACAUCAGCCGCUUGCCCGCCAUCAGCGACCAGGACAUGAAUGCCUACUUGGCCGAGCAGGCGCGCCUACACUCCAGCGAGUUCAACGCGCUCAGCGCCCUCCACGAGAUCUACACCUACGUGGGCAAAUACAGCCAGGAGAUCACGGAGGCGCUGGAGCAGGACGAACAGGCCCAGAAGCAGAAACUGGCAUAUAAAGUGGAGCAGAUCAUCUCAGCCAUGUCUGCCGAGAGCUGAGACGCACGCGCCGACAUACAUGCACGCACACACACACACACACACACACACACCUACACACACACUCACACACAUAUUCUUGUAUUUGUUGCCUUCUUGAGACCUCCGAAAAAUGCCUACCUCUUUAGGACCACCCUUUCUAGAUAUAUAAAGAUUUGUAUUUACAACAUUAAUAAUAUAUGCAUACUAUGCAAAUAUAAAAAAGCUUGUUGUGAAAAAUGAUAUGGAAUUUCACAAGAAAAAGGUAUUUUGGUAGUAUUAUAAAAAGAGUCAUCAUUUUACUCAACGCAAGUCAAAAUUUUACAAGAUAUGCUACACAAACUGAACGUUUGUGCAGUAUUAUGAUAAAAGUUGGAAUUUUACUCAAUCACAGUCGCAAUUUUACAAGAAAAGCUUAAAAUGUUGGCAAUUUUAUGAAAAGAGUCGUAAUUUUACUCGAUAAAAGUCACAAUUUUAUAAGAAAACUUUACAACUUUAGCAAUGUUAUACUAAUAAUCGGAAUUUUACUUGGCAAAAUUAUGACAAAAGUCAUAAUUUUAACUUUUAACUUUAACUUUUGUCAUAAAAUUAUGACAAAAGUCAUAGUUUUACUCAAAAAACUUCACUAUUUUACAAGAGCAACAACAAAAUUGGCAAUAUUGUGAUAAAAGUCAGAAUUUUAUAUGACAAAUGUCGCCAUUUUGCAUUAAAAAGUAAUAAUUUUACAUAAAAAAGUAAUAAUUUUACAUAAAAAAGUAAUAAUUUUACAUAAAAAAGUAACAAUUUUACAAGAAAAUAUUGCAAUAUUACAGAAACGGAAAGAAUAUGAUAAUUUGUUCCCAAUUUUAUAAGAAAAAAGUUGACCCACUGUGAGAAAAAGAAUGCUUUUAGUUUAUUUUUUGCAUUUUUUGUUUGUAAUUGUUUUUUAAUCUUUAUUAUUUACUUCAAGUUAUUACAGCAUGUCUCUAUAUACAUAUUUGUUUUAUACAUUUUGGCCUUAGGGGGUGCAUUUCGAUUUCUUACACACACUUGUUAUUACAUAUGUUGACCAGAGGGGGAGCACUUUUAAAACCGACACACAGUCAAUUUGAAAAAUCCCUCCUUUUUGGGACCACCCUAAUUUUGAUAGAUUUCACCACCAGACUCUGCAGCAUCGCGUGGAUAUCGGGGACGGUACCUCUGGAUUGGCAGACCGGGGUGGUGGUUCCUCUCUUUAAGAAGGGGAACCGGAGGGUGUGUUCCAACUAUCGUGGGAUCACACUCCUCAGCCUUCCCGGUAAGGUCUAUUCAGGUGUACUGGAGAGGAGGCUACGUCGGAUAGUCGAACCUCGGAUUCAGGAAGAACAGUGUGGUUUUCGUCCUGGUCGUGGAACUGUGGACCAGCUCUAUACUCUCGGCAGGGUCCUUGAGGGUGCAUGGUAGUUUGCCCAACCAGUCUACAUGUGCUUUGUGGACUUGGAGAAGGCAUUCGACCGUGUCCCUCGGGAAGUCCUGUGGGGAGUGUUCAGAGAGUAUGGGGUAUCGGACUGUCUGAUUUUGGCGGUCCGCUCCCUGUAUGAUCAGUGUCAGAGCUUGGUCCGCAUUGCCGGCAGUAAGUCGGACACGUUUCCAGUGAGGGUUGGACUCCGCCAAGGCUGCCCUUUGUCACCGAUUCUGUUCAUAACUUUUAUGGACAGAAUUUCUAGGGGCAGUCAGGGCGUUGAGGGGAUCCGGUUUGGUGGCUGCAGGAUUAGGUCUCUGCUUUUUGCAGAUGAUGUGGUCCUGAUGGCUUCAUCUGGCCAGGAUCCGACUGGAUCGGUUCGCAGCCGAGUGUGAAGCGACUGGGAUGAGAAUCAGCACCUCCAAGUCCGAGUCCAUGGUUCUCGCCCGGAAAAGGGUGGCGUGCCAUCUCCGGGUUGGGGAGGAGAUCUUGCCCCAAGUGGAGGAGUUCAAGUACCUCGGAGUCUUGUUCACGAGGGAGGGAAGAGUGGAUCGUGAGAUCGAAAGGCGGAUCGGUGCGGCGUCUUCAGUAAUGCGGAAGCUGUAUCGAUCCGUUGUGGUGAAGAAGGAGCUGAGCCGGAAGGCAAAGCUCUCGAUUUACCGGUCGAUCUACGUUCCUAUCCUCACCUAUGGUCAUGAGCUUUGGGUUAUGACCGAAAGGACAAGAUCACGGGUACAAGCGGCCGAAAUGAGUUUCCUCCGCCGGGUGGCGGGUCUCUCCCUUAGAGAUAGGGUGAGAAGCUCUGCCAUCCGGGAGGAGCUCAAAGUAAAGCCGCUGCUCCUCCAGAUGGAGAGGAGCCAGAUGAGGUCGUUCGGGCAUCUGGUCAGGAUGCCAACCGAACACCUCCUGAGGGAGGUGUUUCGGGCACGUCCGACCAGUAGGAGGCCACGGGAAAGACCCAGGACAUGUUGGGAAGACUAUGUCUCCCGGCUGGCCUGGGAACGCCUCGGGAUCCCCCGGGAGGGGCUGGGGAGAGGAAAGUCUGGGCUUCCCUGCUUUGGCUGCUGCCCCCGUGACCCGACCUCGCAUAAGCGGAAAGAAGAUGGAUGGAUGGAUGGAUGGAUCACCACCAGGGGUGCAAAUGAGAUCUCUUUUUUUUGUAAUGUGCUUAAGGCCGACGACAAACGAGUCACGGACCACAGAUGGCCCCUGUGCCGUACUUUGGGCAACCCAGCUGUAGAAGCUAACUGUUAAUGACCACUAUAGUCUUAGGACCGUAGUGUAUUUGUUCAUCCUAUGGUCACAUAUGAGACGCGGGUUGUCUUACGUCAGCACCGGAAGUCGUAAAAUCAGCUGUUCACCUGGCGGGUUUUUUCGGAGGGAUGAAUAGGGAAGUCCUUCUUUAGCUGCCGUCUUGUUUCAUCAUCAAUCAAUCAAUGUUUAUUUAUAUAGCCCUAAAUCACAAGUGUCUCAAAGGGCUGCACAAGCCACAACGACAUCCUCGGUUCAGAUCCCAUUCCAUAGUCCUGGAGCUUGAAUAGAAAACGCUCUAUAGCCCACAGGCUUUUUUUGCACGUAUUGCUGCCUUUGCACAGGUCAAUGUUUACUUUUGUAUGAAAAAUCCGGACUUUGGAGCAAUGUUCACAGACUCUAGUAUUUGGCUCUCUAUUAGAUGCAAUGGUUUUCCGUAUUGGAACCAUGAUUUCGGUCCUCACAUGGAAGGUACGUUUCCUUGUUGAUGUCUCAAGAAGGGUAGAAAUACAAGAUCACACACACACACACACAUACAGAUAGACGAUUCCAACAUAUGCCGGUGUGAGGAGGAGGAGGAGCAAGGUGCACAGGCACCAUGUUUAUGCCUGCACACAAACACGGAGGCUAAUAUAUGCAGAGACGCUGCACACGUGAUGGACCUAGUACAAACGACGACAACACGCACAUGAUCAUGUGCACACACAAAGACAACACGCACACAGCAGACCCACCCAAAGCAUGAUGUUUGUAUCCAAUGUCAGUGCUUGGCAACAACCAUCUCCUAAAAGUGCACCACCCCCAGGUAGAUCUGUCCAGCAAAUGUGAUCCAGGGCUAAACUUGGCAACUCAACUCAAAGAAAGGUGCCGAUGUAGUGUCUGCAUAAUAAUAAUAAUAAUAAUAAUAAUAGCUAUUCUAUGUUUAAGACAAAGGUACUGGCUGGACAUGACGCAAACAUUUAAAGGGAAACUGCACUUUUUUUGGAAUGUUGUUUUUUGUUCACAAUUAUUAUGAGAGACAAGAAGACUAACCGUUUUUUUUUUGUUUUUUUUUGCAUUCUAACAUGUAAAAGUCGGCUCGUUCUUGGUGGCUAGCAAUGCAGCUAAUGUUAGCAAUCAAUUCUACCUCUAAAUCACUUGAAAAAUGCAUUCAAAAGGCGUCAACAAUACUUCAUUUACGUUCUGUAACCUGUAUAAUAACCAAGCUAAAGCGACAUUGUUAUUGUAAGAGUGAACACUGAGGAACUACUUUUUCUCGCGUAGUAACACAUCGACGUGCUGUAAGGUAUUAGCCGUAAAAGCUAGCUUCGGCGAGAGAUAAGCUAGCUUGUAUUUUAGCAGGAAACAUGUUUGAGUUUGUAAUGCACAACACAAUGUGAUAGGACACCGUGGGAAACAUGAACAAUCAUAUUACAGUAUCUGUAAAGUAUUAUUUCAUGUUUUGCUUGUACACAGCUAGCCAGACAGUGUAUGUACUGUAGUUGUAAUAACACACAUAACGUGCUGCGUGUAUCAUCAUCAAUAUAAAGUGUGACUCACUCGAUGGACAGUUGUCUGGCUGGGUCCGUUUUUCAGUUUUUCCCGGUUUAUUUGGAUAAGCACUCCAUUUAUGUUGAAAUAUCAUUGCUUCAAAUUCCAGAGUCACUUUCACCUCACUCUCUCGGCUUCCGUCUGCUCCAACGUCUCACUCCUCCUUCGUGCUCGCUUCUAGAAGCAGUGGUUCAUCCUCCGUAUGUUCAGCUUCAAAAAGACAAAGUUGUGAAUCCUCAUUCGUCCGAAAAUAGUUGUUUUCCUUGUUUGUUUCCAAGUCUGCUAUGAUUAGAAACACACACUCCCGUUUGUUUCCGUGAGGAGGAACACACAUUUGUUGCCAGAAGUCGGAACUGCGCUGCUAUGGAAACGGAAGUUACGAGGAAAUUAGUCCCGGCAAUGAUUAAAAUGACCAAAAUAGGGUAAAUAUUGAACAUAUUACAUAUUAUUAUAAAAGUGUCUGUUAGUACAUUAUAUAUAUACUUGCAGUGUGUAUAUUGUACAUAUUACAUAUUGUUAUGAAGGUGUCUGUUACUACAUUAUAUAUAUACUUGCAGUGUGUAUUCUGUACAUAUUACAUAUUGUUAUGAAGGUGUCUGUUACUACAUUAUAUAUAUACUUGCAGUGUGUAUAUUGUACAUAUUACAUACUGUUAUGAAGGUGUCUGUUACUACAUUAUAUAUAUACUUGCAGUGUGUUUAUUGUACAUAUUGUUAUGAAGGUGUCUGUUACUACAUUAUAUCUAUACUUGCAGUGUGUAUAUUGUACAUAUUACAUAUUGUUAUGAAGGUGUCUGUUACUACAUUAUAUAUAUAUAUACUUGCAGUGUGUAUAUUGUACAUAUUACAUAUUGUUAUGAAGGUG